CGAGGAGACGGCCACCUGCACGGCAAAUCGCCCCCACAGCACCGCCAGUCCCUCUCGCCCAGCUGCGCUCCGGUGUCAGCUGGUGCUUAGGUCGCUCUAGAGCAUCUCACCCGCCUCGCCUUGAUCGCUUGCCAUUCUUCUCCGCAGCGCGCCAGCAUGGCUGCCACUACUGCCGCCACCCAUGCUCGCACCGCGUCCAACGCCAGCAGCGACGCCGACUCAGACGCUGACUUCCACGAUGCCGUCUCGCGCCUGGGCAGCACGCGUGGAGGCGACGACCUCGACGCGCCGCCUGCAUUCCCGGCGCUGAACAGCGCACAGCGCAGUGGCGGCAGCAGCAGCAGCCGUGCGCAGGCGGGGCCUAGUCGCGCCGCCGCUGCUGGCACGCCGAGCAGCAGCGCGGCGCCCAGCUUCUCCGUCUCGGGUCCUGCCGCGGCGGCAGGCAAGGCUUCCUCUUCGCCAGCGGCACCGGCAGCCGCACGUUCUUCUCUGCGCGCCGUUCUGGGCGUGCCGCCAGCGACAGGCGGCGGGGCCUCGAGCCUCCUCGCUGCCCCACCGCGCACGUCCGCCCUGAGCGCGCCGCCGGGCGUCGGCGGCGCCGGCGGCGCACGGAUAGGCGGCGGCGGCGGCGGUGGCUUGGGAGUGCCCAAGUCAGGAGCACUGGGCGUGCCGACCGAGACGGGAGGAGGCGCACGCAAGAAAGUCUCGCUUGCGCCCGGGUGCAGUCCGCUGGACUGGGCGAGGGAGAAGGCCUCGGGCAAGCCGGAACUGCGUGCCGGCCUGACCUCACUGCAGCGCAUCACGCCCUCGGAGCUGGCCAAGCACAACACGCCCUCCGAUGCCUGGUCUGCCUUCAACGGCAAGGUCUACAAUCUGACGCCUUACCUCCGCUUCCACCCUGGCGGCGAGAAGGAGGCGAUGCGCGUGGCGGGACGCGAUGGGACGCGGUUGUUCAUGCUCACGCAUUCGUGGGUGAACAUCGACGCUAUGAUUGACACGACCAUGGUCGGCAUGCUCGUGCCGGAGCCUUGAGCGGGCCAUGUCGGAUUCUCUCACGCAAUGUGGAUCGCUUUGGGGAGUGAAUGCAUCAUCUAGACCCCCCGAUGCGAGCGUGCGCGGCGUGUGCGCCUUCGAUUGGCGAUGCCCCGCAGCCAGGACGAUGCCCUUGACACGAUCUCAUCGUCCGUUGCUGCUGUCUCGAAC